AUGCUGCCUUGUCCUUGUCACCUGAGCUGAGGUCACGAGCAAAUGUUGACCUGGGCACUGCAACCUGCGUGUCAUGACCUCCAGUCGCGUGAGGACACCACCGGGUUACGUCCGGGGGGUCAGUUCCACAGCGUCGCAGGGUCCCUGAAACCGCUGGCCGCCGAGCUCCUCGCAGCCCGCCCGGGCAAUGGGCGGCCACGCUACGCUCUUCUCACAGUCUUAACUCCUCGAAGCAUCAGUACAUCUGCCACCGUCUUUGCAGAAGCCCAGGUCCAAGCACCUCCUGUUGUCCCUGCUAUCUCCACUCCUGCUACAGUACCAGAGGUAGCUUCUGGGGGACCUGCAGAGGUAGUCCAAAGUGCUACAGAACAGAGCUUCGCAGAACUGGGGCUUGGCUCAUAUACCCCAGUGGGACUCAUCCAGAACCUCUUGGAAUAUAUACAUGUCGACCUGGGCCUACCUUGGUGGGGGGCCAUUGCCACAUGUACUAUCCUUGCCCGAUGCCUCGUUUUUCCUCUCAUUGUGAAGGGCCAGCGGGAAGCAGCCAAGAUCCACAACCACAUGCCAGUGAUGCAGAAGUUUUCCACGAGAAUCAGAGAGGCCAAGUUGGCCGGAGACCAGGCUGAGUUUUACAAGGCCACCAUGGAGAUGACACACUAUCAGAAAAAGCAUGAUAUUAAAUUCUUGAAACCGCUCAUUCUACCUCUUACUCAGGCCCCCGUCUUCAUCUCCUUCUUUAUUGCCUUGAGAGAGAUGGCCAACCUGCCUGUGCCCAGCCUCCAGACAGGUGGGCUCUUGUGGUUCCAAGAUCUCACGGUAUCUGAUCCUAUCUACGUCUUGCCACUGGUAGUCACUGCCACAAUGUGGUGUGUCCUUGAGCUAGGUGCUGAGACAGGUGUACAAAGCUCUGACCUUCAGUUCAUGAGGAAUAUUAUCAGGGUAAUACCCCUAGCAGUCUUGCCUGUGACCAUCCACUUCCCCUCGGCGGUAUUCAUGUACUGGCUGUCCUCCAAUAUGUUCUCCCUGUGCCAAGUAGCCUGCCUCCGGAUUCCAGCUGUGCGCACAGUGCUUAAGAUCCCCCAUCGAGUUGUACAUGACCCUGACAAAUUGCCUCCCAGGGAAGGCUUCUUGAAGAGCUUCAAAAAAGGCUGGAAGAAUGCUGAAAUUGCACAUCGGCUCCGAGAGCGGGAGCAGCGAAUGCAGAAACACUUGGACCUAGCUGCCAGAGGUCCCUUACGACAGACUUUUACCCACAACCCUCUGCUACAGCAUGAUCCAAGUCACCCUCCCAACACCCCCAACAACAGCAACAGCAGCAUCAAAGCAAAGGCAAAGAAGCCUUGGCAAGACACACUCGGCUGACGUGGUCUGUGCUCACUCUGACGAGAACCCUGCUUCUGCAUGGAUGCCUCCAAACAGACUUGAUGCUAUGUCUUGGCCCCAACCCUAGGGACUACAGCAUUUGGAAGUGUCCAUUUUAAAAAUUGUUUCCACUACAGACUCUUACUUGUGUGUAUUAAAAGAGCCCUGGAGAGCCAAGCCACCUUCCCAUCCACAGUUAGUAAACCUCUGUCUUGUCUGGGCUUCUUGAUGUUUGUUAAAUAUGGAAGGGGAAUUGUGCUUCUGAACACUACAAAGUGGAAAAUGAUUUCCCACGCUAGCCCUUGCUCUUGGAAAGGAUCUUCAUGUUUUAUCCUGGUCUUCAAAACUCAGACCUCUACCUCACACACUGUAUAUCUCCUUCCGAAUUUGCAUUCUAGAGGUGUGAUGGGCAAGACUGUAUGACAGUCGCUUUUGUGGUGCUGGGGAUUGAUUCUGCAUUUCUAGCCCUGACCAUGUUUCUUGACCCCCACAAUUACUUUUGCAAUUUCAAUUUUUAGGGAUGACUUAGAAGAAUGAAGGGAGUCUGGGGAAAAAUGGAUUAGCAGAUAGGAGUUCAAAUCCGCAGCACUCAUGAAAAGCUGAGCGUGGCCCCGACCUUAUGCCUGUGAGCCCAGUGUUGUGGGGUGUGGAGACAGGAGAACCACUUGGCUUGCUGGCCAUCAGCCUAUCUCCAGGUUUAGUGUGAGAUCCACUCUCAGGGUAUAAAGGAGGACAUGACAGAGCAGGAUGCUUGAUGCCUUCCUCUGGCCUCUGCACAUGUGCCAUAAUUUAAGAAAAAGCUGAAUGUUUAUGCACUAGCUUUUCACAUGACAUUUUAGUACAAAAGUCUUGUUAUAUGCAUAGAAAUCAGUUUUAUUGCCUUUGGCAGCUGGCUUCAGAGGGAGAAAUUGAAUCUUUUACCUUCCAUAUACGUUUGAACUGCAUAAAUACCCCCGAGUCACUAAGUAGAAUAAAGCCACUCAGACCUUAGGAACAUAACCUUUUAUUGUUUUGCAUCUGUGACAGUUUUGUGUCCCUCUGAAAGGAACAAGUUUGGAGCAUUGUUGGCCCUUGUAAAGGAAAGAGGAGUGGGUUAGCACACCCAGGUACUGCCAGAACUGCCCCAGAAAUGGCCUGCUUCCUGCCACAGUCUGCAUUAUCCAUUUAUGAAGUCUGAAACAACAUGUAGCAAGACAAAUAAAUUACUCUU